UUGUCUUCGGCUCCUAUUCCCUUGAGUAGUGGUCAAGGCCAGUCUGGUUUGGAUGUAGCCUCCUGCAAGUGCUUGUAUGCCCCAGAAGCAUAGUUGGGGUAUCUAGGGCUUUUGAAGAUUUUGUGAAGGUCUUGGGAAUACAGGCUAUAUAUAGAAUGGGGGCUCUGUCAUAGGUCUAUAAUACAAGAUACAAGAGGCUGAAGGUCACAUGGAAACCAAGCUGUAAAAGAUUGAAAGGCUUAUGGAAGACCCCAUUGUUCUGUAGGCAUCUGAGGUUUAAAAAAAAAAAAAAAAAAGCUCAGCAGGCAUCUUUGCUUGCCUUGGAAGCUAUGAGCUCACUUUUCCUGUGGCUCUAGGAACCUUAAUAGUCAAGACGACAGGAGGAAGACUUGCUGAUUGGUUGAUACUUGACAGGUCACUUAGGUGCUGGCUUGGGGAAGUACUUCCUACUCCUGUCCUGAGGAAUAUCUAGAACUCCUUGGAUAUUUCCAUAGAGAAAUCCACGAGGUUCCCUUACAGAUGGAAAGGGAAAGGACUUGACUACAGCACCAGGUUGUUCUGUUCCUUUUGACUGUUCCUAUCUCUCAGACUGAGUGUAGUGGACCAGUUACAGAGGAGUAUACUUGGAUAAGGUUCCUGUAGGGCUGUGGAAAAGUCUGGUGAACCUGUAAUGUUCUAGUUAUUUUUCCUCUCUGUGGGAAUGGAGGGGUUUUUGUUGUUGUUGUUGUUGCUGAGGUGGUCAGCAACUCCUUAUGUAUCACAUUUAUUUAUUGGGUGAACAUAUGUCACAGCAUACUUGUGGAGGUCAGAGGACAACUUACAGAAGUCUUUUCUUCUAUUAUAUUGACUCCUGGGACCAAACUCAGGUUGUCAAGACUUGGCAGCAAGUAUUUUAACCUGCUAGGCCAGCCCACACCAUUGCUUAUCUUCAGCUGGAAGUUGAGCUUUGCUUAGCAGGAGAUUAACUUGUGCUAGAGCAAAACAUCAACCCUGGGAUUGAGCCUCCUAUUCCUGGAUGACCCCAAGGUCUGGAGGGAUGAAGUGGAGCCAGCAGUAGAAGUCUGGGAAGUCCCAAGUUCCAGACCUACUGAGACAGGUCUGUCUGGAUAUGGACUGGGGACUGGUAGCUGGUCCACCUAUCAGGAGACACUAUGCUCUCUGCCCAUUGAGGCAGAGCAGGGGUCUCCAUGGGGCUGGAGACUCAAUCCAAGACCCAGAGCAGCCCUGGAUCUGCUGCAACAGGCAGCUGCUGUGCUGCAGGGUCAAGUUAAUUGAAGUGACUGGAGGAGAGGGUGGGGAGUGGUUAGGGGCAGGGCUGACUUACUGGACUUCCCUCCCCUCCUGUGUUGUUCCCUCCCUUUGUAGCUGGAGGAGUCAACUUCAAAUGCCUCUCCACCUGCCCCCCAGCUCUCACCAGGGAGGCCCUAUCAGCCGAUAGAGGACCUGGUGUGGCUGCCAAUUGACUACUUCAUUGGCAACCCAAAGACCCAGAGGACCCAGGAUCAUGUGUGUGGCCUGCUAGAGGGAAUAAGGGAAGGCCAGACCUUGAGAGGCCUAUGGUGCCCCUCAAGCCCACUCUCUACGUAUUACCACUGCUGCUGGCAUUUCUUGAAUCUGCUCUGGGCUGGGCUGGGUCCCAGUCCUGCAGUGUCCAGGAGGUACUCCGCCAUUACCAAGCUGUCAUCUUCCAGGACUUACAGGCUGCCAUGCAGUGGGCUGGGAUGGGAGCCCAGCAUACAGAGCCUGAGUCCAGACACCACCACUUCGUUCAGAAAAACCUGACUGGAGCUGGUGGAGGUCAGGGACAACCAGGGGCCUCCUGUGAUGCCCAGAAGGAGCAUAGCAUCCUACUGUCUAUCGAGUCCCUGGGUCAGACCCUUCUUGGGAGCAUGGCCGGGGUUCCCCACAAUGCAUUAGAGAAAGCAGCAUGGACAGUGGCGGUGCGCACCAAGGCAGUGAUGCGCAGACACUGCCGAACAUCCAACAGGCAGAUCCUGCAGCCCAAGAAGCGUCCAGUGCAGCAGCGGAAGCGGCUCCUGCUACGUGCCUUAUAUGCUGUCGCCACCUGCUGGGAGAAGCUCUUUGCACUGAGUGCCAUGGCCACCAGAGACUUCUAGCCCUGCCCUGUUCUUACUCCUACCUCUCAGAAGACUGGAAGCAAACCAGUUUAUGCUUUGACAGUCCCCCUCUCUCAGCUCAGGCUACCUGCACUCAAAGGCCCAGGAUGUGGAGAAGAGAGCACCUUCCUUCAUGGCCCCAAUAAAUGGAACUAGUGAUAUGGCCUGAUUCUUCUACCUUU